GCAGUCUAGCGGGGAGGGACUUUAACGGGUCUCGCUUCUUUAAAAGUAGAUUUAUUUCUUUACGGGCACACAAACUAUCACUUUUGAGGGACACAGUCACUCGUGGAGCGACACCAGAAGACCCAAACAUGGGAAGAGCGAAUGUGUGGCUGAAACGGACUUUCAUUGUCGUGAUAAGUCUGAUCGCGAUAAUCAGUUUGUUGCUGCUGGGAUUCAGUCUUUUUAGCCAUGGACACUUACACCAACAGGAAGAGGCAGAACACGAGAUUGCAGUCAUACAUGUUAUGUAUGUUAUUGCUGCGGUAAUUAUUCUCUUGACCAUCUUUGGCGCAAUCGGUGUCUGGAAAGAGAUACGGUGGGCUCUAAUAGUGUAUGCAGUUGGAAUUAUUCUGAGUAGUCUACUCAUGUUGGUGCUUAAUAUUCAAGGACUGGCUUCACAAUCUCAGGAACGUCAAGAUGUGAAGAAGCACUACCUGAGCCUUUUACCCCUGGUUAAUGCUACUGAAUUCCUCGAUGAUAUACAGACAGAAUUGGAGUGUUGCGGACUGGAGAGCUACCGGGACUGGAAGUUCAACAUCCCAAAUUCCUGCCUAUGCACCGACAAGUCCACUAAUCCAUGUGUGGCGGCUCCUAGAAACAGCAGCCUCUUUAACAGCCAGAACGGUGACGAGCCUAUUAUGAUUUAUGAAAAGGGAUGCCUUCCAUACUUCAUCGAGGUCAUAAUGAGACUGAUCAGGAUUGUGUUGGGCGUAACACUGGGAGUCAUGUUUUUGUGGAUAUUGUCAGCAGUAUUGUGUAUAGCCAUCUUGUGCCAGCUCGAUCGGAAGAAAGACACCCCUGCAGUGGUCUACAGUGCAGAGGCAAAAGCAGGCAACUACACCACCCUCACAGAGGUUUCAGACCACUCCUGAUUUCCUUGUUUCUGAUUCAGCAUGUUAAGCAAAGCUAAGGCAAACCUCGGAAGCAAUGGGAUUAAUAGAAGACGUUAUGAUGAUUGGAUAUAUUGACUAUAUCAUACCAUGCAAGUGUAUUUUGAACUUCUUUGUUAAGGGUAUUUCCUAUUCACUAUGUAAUCCCUAAUGAGCUGUAAAUUUGGGCUGUGCCACAAAAAACAGAACUGUGAAAGACUAUGUUCCUUUUUUGAUAAAUAUUUCUAUCCAGUAUAACCAAGAGGGAUAUGAUAACUGACAGAGUGUGUUAACUGCUUUGCGCCUUUGAGCUCUGUGUUUAGAGACUGGUGGUAAUUCUGCACCAACAUGGAGUGUAAUCUAGUACCUCUGAUCUGUGAUUUUUAGCACCGGCAAGCAAGAAACUAAGUAAAAAUUCAGAGUUUAAAGCUAAUGUGUUCAGCAAAAAAAGCACUUAUGAAUAGUAUGGGUGGAUUAAAGCUUAACUGAUAUUUUGUAGUUUGGUAGCUUUUCAUUUUUCUUUAACUCUGACUUUUUUUUUCCAUUCAAAGCUUUUUAAUACGCUCAUAUUUGAUAAGACUGUGGCUCAGUAUAAAGUGCCUUUUUUUUUCAUUGCUCCGUAUUUAGAUCAGCUGCUAAAGAAAAAAAAAAAUCCUUCAAUCCAGUUUCCUUCCUUAGCCUUGCUGUGGCACAUCCCACAUCCUUCAUCCACUGCAUACAUGGUAAAUGGCCUGUAUUUGUAUAGCGCUUUACUAGUCCCUAAGGACCCCAAAGCGCUAAUAAAUGAAAGGACAAAAGGAAAAUAUACAGCUUACACCUCUAACUGUGUAAACCACAGUUAUGUAUUGAUUCUUGUUCCCCAGGUUUGUGGGAACAUUUUAGAAAACUUCGAAAGACUGUUUUUCAUUGUGUAAUAAAACAUUUUAUAUUCCCUUCAUAUAGCUUGGUUUUGUUUUGUUUUGUAAACUUAAAUUUGACAUGAAAUCAAGUGAAAUGAUGAAACCAGUAAUGAUUUAUCAAGUUAUGCAACCAUUAGGUUACAAGCCCACUUCUUAAUGGCUACAGCUUCCAUAAACUAACAAUACUAAUUACUAAAUAACUAAUUAAGUAAAAUGAUCACUCAAUUUUGACCUGUUCCACAGGAUUUUUUUAAAAGACAUUUUAGAUGAAUUCUAAUUGUAAAAAUGAUUGAUAUGAUGGCACUGAUUAAACUAAAAAAGUCUCUACACUA